AUGGCACCAACAACCACGACGGCUGCGCCAACAACCAUGACAGCCGCUCCAACAACAACCACAGAAGCAAGCGUCAACAACAACUGCGGCGCCGACAACCACAAUGGACGCUCCAUCAACCACGACAACUGCUCCAACAUCUACCACAAUGGCACCAACAUCUACCUCAAUGGCAUCAACAACCACGACGGCUGCGCCAACAACCAUGACAGCCGCUCCAACAACAACCACAGAAAAGCGUCAACAACAACUGCGGCGCCGACAACCACAAUGGACGCUCCAUCAACCACGACAACUGCUCCAACAUCUACCACAAUGGCACCAACAUCUACCUCAAUGGCAUCAACAACCACGACGGCUGCGCCAACAACCACAACAGCCGCUCCAACAACAACCACAGAAGCGUCAACAACAACUGCGGCGCCGACAACCACAAUGGACGCUCCAUCAACCACGACAACUGCUCCAACAUCUACCACAAUGGCACCAACAUCUACCUCAAUGGCAUCAACAACCACGACGGCUGCGCCAACAACCAUGACAGCCGCUCCAACAACAACCACAGAAGCAACAACAACAACAGCGGUGGCAACAACCACAACGGACGCUCCAUCAACCACGACAACUGUUCCAACAACUACCACAACAGCACCAACAACCACAACAGCCGCUCCAACAACAACCACAGAAGCAUCAACAACCACGACGGUGGCUCCAACAACCACAACAACCGCUCCACCAACCACGACGACUGCACCAACAACCACGACAGCCGCUCCAACAACUACCACAACGGCGCCGACAACCACAACAGCUGCACCAACAACCACAACAGCCGCUCCAACAACAACCACAGAAGCGUCAACAACAACAGCGGUGGCAACAACCACAACGGACGCUCCAUCAACCACGACAACUGCUCCAACAACUACCACAAUGGCGCCAACAACCACGACAGCCGCUCCCACAACAACCACAGACGCGUCAACAACAGCGGUGGCAACAACCACAACGGACGCUCCAUCAACCACGACAACUGCUCCAACAACUACCACAACGGCGCCAACAUCCACGACGGAUGCUCCAACAACCACAACAGCUGCUCCAACAACAACCACAGAAGCGCCAACAACCACGACGGCCGCACCAACAACCACGACGGCCGCACCAACAACCACAACAGCUGCUCCAAGCACCACGACAGCAGCGGCAACAACCACUACAGCCACUCCAACAACCACUGUGACAACCACAGCGGCGCCGACAACAAUCACGACGGUCGCUCCAACAACCACAACAACCGCUCCAACAUCCACAGAAACGCCAACAACAACAGCCACACCGACAACUACAACGACCUCUCCAACAACCACGACGUCGGACACUCCAACAACAACCACAGAAGCAUCAACAACCCCGACGGUGGCUCCAACAACCACAACAGCCGUGCGAACAACCACGACGACUGCACCAACAACCACAACAGCUGCGCCAAUUACAACUACAGAAGCACCAACAACCAGUACAGUCGCUCCAACAACCACAGCUGCUUUAACAACCACAACAGCUGCACCAACAACCACAACAGCUGCACCAACAACCACAACAGCCACGGCAACAACCACGACGGCCGCACCAACAACCACGAUGGCCGCUUCAACAACUACCACAAUGGCACCAACAACCACGACGGCUGCGCCAACAACCAUGACAGCCGCUCCAACAACAACCACAGAAGCGUCAACAACAACAGCGGUGGCAACAACCACAACAGCUGCUCCAAUCACCACGACAGCAGGGGCAACAACCACUACAGCCACUCCAACAACCACUGUGGUGCCAACAACCACGACGGCCGCACCAACAACAGCCACUCCAACAACAACCACAGCGGCGCCGACAACAAUCACGACGGUCACUCCAACAACCACAACAACCGCUCCAACAUCCACAGAAACGCCAACAACAACAGCCACACCGACAACUACAACGACCUCUCCAACAACCACGACGUCGGCCACUCCAACAACAACCACAGAAGCAUCAACAACCACGACGGUGGCUCCAACAACCACAACAACCGCUCCAACAACCACAACAGCCGUGCGAACAACCACGACGACUGCACCAACAACCACGACAGCCGCUCCAACAACUACCACAACGGUGCCGACAACCACAACAGCUGCACCAACAACAACAACAGCCGCUCCAACAACAACCACAGAAGCGUCAACAACAACAGCGGCGCCGACAACCACAAUGGACGCUCCAUCAACCACGACAACUGCUCCAACAACCACCACAACGGUGCCAACAACCACAACAGCUGCGCCAAUUACAACUACAGAAGCACCAACAACCAGUUCAGUCGCUCCAACAACCACAGCGGUGCCAACAACAAUCACAGAUGCUCCAACAACCACAACAGCUGCACCAACAACCACAACAGCCACGGCA